CGAUACUCGGACACGGCUAGAGAGGGUGGCUCCAGAAGGGCACUAUCAAUUGAAGCCAUGGGAAAGGACUACUACAAGAUCCUGGGCAUUCAGUCUGGUGCCAAUGAGGAGGAGAUCAAAAAGGCUUACCGAAAAAUGGCCCUCAAGUUCCAUCCAGAUAAAAACAAGGAACCUAACGCUGAAGAAAAGUUCAAAGAGAUAGCAGAGGCAUAUGAAGUCCUGAGUGACCCAAAGAAGAGGGUCAUCUAUGACCAGUAUGGAGAAGAUGGACUCAAGACUGGAGGAACUGGCACGUCUAGUGGACAGGGGAGUACAUAUCACUACACCUUUCAUGGGGACCCACACGCCACUUUUGCCUCUUUCUUUGGAGGCUCUAACCCUUUUGAUAUUUUUUUUGGCUCUGGACGUCACAGAGGUGCCAACAAUGGCUUUGCAGAUCAUGGGGACCAUGACAUGGACAUUGACAUGGACGGAGAGGACGACCCUUUCAGCUCGUUUAGCCACUUCAGCUUCAAUGGCCUCAAUGGUUUCCAUCAUGGCGGCGGUCGAAGACACCGCACUGAGCCUUUACACAGCAGCAGAAGGAAGGUGCAGGACCCUCCCGUGGUGCAUGAGCUGCGGGUGUCCUUGGAGGAGAUCUUCCAUGGAUGUACCAAGCGAAUGCGAAUCACACGCCGCCGCCUCAACCCAGAUGGGAGGACAAUGCGGACAGAAGACAAGAUCCUAAAUAUUGUCAUCAAGAGAGGCUGGAAAGAGGGGACCAAGAUCACCUUCCCCAAGGAGGGCGAUGAGACGCCUGAGAACAUUCCAGCUGACAUCGCAUUCGUGCUCAAAGACAAGGGGCACCUGCACUUUAAGAGGGAUGGAUCCAACAUCAUAUAUACUGCCAAAAUCAGUCUUAAAGAGGCCCUCUGCGGUUGCACCGUGAACAUUCCUACCAUGGACAACAAAGUCAUCUCGCUGCCUUGCAAUGACAUCAUCAAACCAGGCACCCUCAAGAGAGUUAGAGGAGAGGGCUUGCCAUUUCCCAAGAAUCCUUCCCAGCGUGGCGACAUGAUAGUGGAAUUCCAGGUGCGCUUUCCGGACAGGAUACCACCUCAGUCCAAAGAGAUCAUCAAACAGCACUUACCCCAGUCAUAAAGGAGUCUCAUGGAUAUACCUUACUUUCUAUUGUUUCACAAACACUAAUAUUAAUUCAAAUGAAAGGGAAAUGUGCAAAAGGACAGAAAGUUCUCUUAAUAUUUUAUGAUGGUUUUAAUUAAUUUAAUGUUUUUCUCUUCCAUAAACAAGUGAGAAAAGAUUUUCAGAUUUCUUAAGCAGUUUGUUACAAAGGCCAUAUUUUCCACCCCUGAGCUGUUUUUUCACCUUUAGGAGUAGACUGGACUUUCCCCUUUCCAUGCCUGCCAAAUAUCUUUUUUUCCAUAAAGUUGACUUGAAGGCAAACAUGAAGGAAAUAAAGAUUUCUGCUUGUUUAUUUAAUGAGAGCUUGACAGUGAAGUUAUGCUUAUUUUGAAGACAGUCUUGUUUCUUUGUUUAGCUCUUACAUUUGAUUUCCCUUAUUUAAAAUCAUAUGAAUUUUUCAGAUUUAAACAACAAUAACAAAAAAAACAAUAACAGAUAAGCCUUUUGGUCCUUUAGAGUGUUAGGCAGCCAUACAGCCAGGAAGUUGGACCAUAACCAUUUGAAACAUCUGUAUACUCAGUAGUUUAAAGGUGCUUUGUUCUCUGUGACCAGAUAAUUAGGUGCUGCCAUUUAUUACAAGUCCUUAAAGGUGGGUUUACCACAUUUGCUAAUCGCAGAAUCUUUGAGUGCCUUAAUAUGGCUCAAACAAACAGUUCCUUUUACACUAGGCUAGAGGGUGCUCUUACAUCUGGUGACAUAAUCAAAGGUCUGUAGUGUUAUCACCUCAACCAAGGCCUAUUAUGGUACUGUAUGCUCCACUGAAUAAGCAAAUAUUAUUGUAAAGAGUGUCAGUACAAGUUUAGCAUGCUUAUGCUUUAACAACCCUGUAUCCAUGCCCAUGAAGUCCAAGCAGAGCAUGGUUUGUUUUCCAAGAUAUUGUUCAUUAUGCCCAUAGUCACCAUAAUUUAUUAUGCCCAGCAGUAUCCAUUGAGUCUGAUGCACAUACAAAUGAAAGUUAGAAAUGACAUUGGUAUUCUCUUGGUCACAAUAGACUUUAUAUAAAAAUGCUUAAAUAUUCAUUAAUAUCAGUGUUAAUGUUUUUAUAUAGGUUUUUUUAAAAUGUCGUAGGAAGGAAUAUUAUUUAAAAUCUAUCCUCAGUAUGGACUUUAUUAGACAAUCAUGCAUCUUUGUCAUAUUGGGUUGAGGAAAGAUUUGAAAAAUUCAUAUUUAGCUUUGUAUAUAGUCAACAUAUAUCAAUGGAAUGUAACUUCAUAAUGAUUCAUUAGCUAUAAAUAAAGUCUUGUCUGAAAGUAGUCAAAGCACUCUGAGUGCCUAUUUCAGAAAAUUGUGAAGUCAAAAGAUGGUUAUGGUAGGUUGUAUUGCUCUUUAGCUACAUGCGCACAGUUGUGAAUAGAACAUUUGUUGGGGGAAAAAAAGGCCAUGCACAAGGGUGGGUGGGUGUUUCACAGACAUUUUUAUUUUUAGAUUCUAGUAUGACUUGAUGAACAACAUUUUACAAUUUUAGAUGUGCAAACUGCAUUCUCAGUUUUCUCCCCUCAAAGAUUUGUAUACAUUUAUACCCCUUACAGUGAAUUUUUGCAAUAUAAACUGCGUUUGAGUUCUUUUCUAUGGACAAUGAAGCUUGAAUUCACAUUUCCAUACUGUCAGGUUCUCUAAUACAUUCAGAAUUUAUCCACAGAACAGGUAGUGUUAGAAGUGUGUCCAUAGUUUUCAAGAAUGCAGUUUUUUUGUUACCCCAGAAAGUGGAUGCACAUGAGGUUACCUCCAUAUUUGACACUAUCUUUUAUCUUAAAUCAUUUUUACAUAUAUGAUAUUUAUAUGUUUGGCAAUUGCUAUGAUGUGAUCAUUUGGGAUAUUGGACCCUUUGGAGAGUAUGGUCCAAAAACAGUUACUUUUAGCUCCUAUGUCCCAGGUCAAACAUUUGAGUCUUUUAAAUAUAUGUCUCAGUUUUUAUAUGACCUUAUAACUAAGUAAAUCCAGUUUUGUAACUGGGUUCGAAAAUGUGUGGAAAUUGCUAAGCAAGUAAUGUUGAGUGGAGAUAAAAAAGUGUCGGUUCACUGUGAUUUCAAACAGUGUUGAGGCCUUUUGGACUGGUGCUUUGGCAGGGCUGAAGCUUUUCAAUGCGUUGGCUUUUGUUUUCCAUGUUUAGUAGUCAGGCUACAUUAUGUACCUUUUGGUGUUAAGGAAAAUCGUUUUACAAAGACAAGAAAUAAACCAAAAACCUUGACUAUA